UGCUGUCCAUUGGUGGAGUUGACUGCUGUGCUGAAAGGCUGACCGGAGUCUUUUUUUAACAAGGAAUUCUUCUCUCCCAAAACAAUUCCCACCAACAUGACUUCUAAUUCCAAUCUGUCCAACAUGCGGAAGAUGGUAGAGCAACUGAAGCUUGAGGCCAGUGUGGAAAGAGUCAAGGUGUCCCAAGCAGCUGCAGAGCUCCAGCAGUACUGUCUGCAGAACGCAGGCAAGGACGCUCUGCUGGUCGGCGUUCCCACAGGCAGCAACCCCUUCAGAGAACCACGCUCCUGCACUGUUGUGUGAAG